AUGGGCAGCUCGUUCUUCCAGCUACCGCUGCCUACAGCUCCUUCCGCCCUACGCCAGGCCCAACGGCAAGGUGCCGCUCUUGAUAUACUCAACACACGUACUCUUCCGCAACUGUUAGAUCUGGACGAUCGACCUACGUUCUUGCUCAACAUGGACGAUUACGCAAAGGGAAGCCGAGUUCCAAUACAGCCCAUUUUCUGCAAUGCGGCACUGAAAGAGCGAGAGCAGCUGUUGGAAAAGAUAAUGGGUACCUCACCAGGCGAUCACGAUUCUGCCGGCGUUGGAGCCUCACAUGAUGAAUUUCGAGUAUGGGCCACGAUUGAUAGCAGAUUCAACGACUCUCGAGACCUUUUCCCAAUCACCAUACAGUUCGAGAAGUUGCUAUGGUUGGGUAUUUCGCUUCGUCCCAACUGGCGGCUGAUCAGCGCGCACACAAUCUUCAAAAACGAAGAUGUUCCCGAAGGAGAUCCGUUAUGUGCAUCAGCACCACGACUCGAAAAAGAAGGACAUAACGAUCUGACUGCCGAUGAAGCAAAAGCUUUAGCUUCUGCAGAAGCAAUACCAACCCGGGAGAUUAUCAAAGACGUGCAGCAACCCGAGUUUCCCGUUGUAUCUGUCGGAAAGGACCGUGACAAGAAUAGCUCUUCGAGUAUCUCGGCGAUAACCCUAUCUACACCCAACGCUUCCGUGUCUGAUUGGACGGCACCGCACCCAAGAGGUGUUCUCUCGGAUCAUCUCCAGUUCGUAAGGAGAAUCGACUGGGCAAAGACGCCAUUAGGAGCUAUGAACAGAUGGUCCAUCCAGUUUCGAGAGAUUAUCUGCCUGGUCAUGCGCAACCCUCAUCCAUCUUCUGUAUUCUGGGGCGAAGAUCUGACCAUGCUCUACAACGAGGCUUACAGAGACGAUGUGACAGGCGAAAAACAUCCGGCUUUAAUGGGAACCGGUUUCUCGGGCCCUUUUGGUGAGAUGUGGCAUGCAGUUGGCCCGGUAAUUCGUGAAUGUGCGCGAACAGGUCACGCCCAGCUCAAUCAUAACCAGCCGUUGCCCAUCAUGCGUUACGGUUAUAUGGAAGAGUCGUUCUUUACCUGGUCAUUCGUAAGUAUCGUUGUUAUGGGGGUUGCUCUUAUGGUCGAGUAA